AUCCCUAGCGGUCGCCAAAUGUAAUCGAUUGUUCAUGUUAACCUAAAAAGUGUUGUUUUGUUUCCAUUGUCAUUGUCAAGAUUAUGAGAUGCCCAUUUCACAAAAACAUUUUGGCUUUAAGUUUUAAUUGACAAAGAAACAAUGCAUUUUACAUAGCAAAAAAACUUUUAAUAAGCGAGAAAUUGCCGAAAACCUCCAAUAUGGCUACUAAUAAUGUUGGAAUUGACUGGAUGGGAAGUUUAGGUGUUGGGGUAGAAGAUUUUGAUACCCCUUCAACGACUAAUCCUGAGCAGGGAACUUCAACAGGAAUGAACCAAUACGAACAAAUGGAUAGAGCAAACACUAGUGCUACACUAAAGAGAAACCCUAAAAUGGAACUAUCAAAAAACGAUUUACUUAAAUUUGUUACUUACUUUGAAGGGGAAAUUCAAGCUAGAGAUAUUGCUAUCGCAGCACUCAAGUCUGAGAAGUUGAAGCAAGUAGUCAAUGUAGGAAGAUAUAGGCCUGUAGUCAUGACAGAUCCGUACACAGCAUUACUUCGAGACAGUAUAGCAGAUGGACCAGCAGCAAAACCUGCUGUCAGUGAAAAAGACAUGGCGCAGGCAGCAGAACAACAAUUACAAGCUCUUGAACAAUUAGUAUUACAGCAACGAUGGGCUCAUCAACAUAUGAUCAAUAUAUUGAAGGAAGCCGAAAACAAACACAAGAAAGUCAUUCAAGAAUUAGAGGAAGAAAAAUGUAAACAUGAACAUGACACAGCCCAAGGAGAUGACAUUACUUAUGGUUUGGAAAUGGAAAGGACAAGAUUGAGGCAAGAACUGGAAAUGGAAAGAAAUGCAAGAAAGAAAUUGGAGAAGGAGGUUAAGAGGCAAGUUGAGAUGGCAGAUGAGGAAAGGGCCAGGCAAAAACAAAUCGUUCUGCUUUUACUGGCUGAGCGGAAGAAAAUCAUUGUGAAAUACAUCGAAGAAAGGAAAAGGAGCGAAGAUCUAGCGCAGAUUUUGUCGGAGGAAAAAUCGCGAAUUGAUACUAUGGCAGAGGGUUUAGAGGAAGAAAGCAAAAAAUCACUUCAAAUGGAAGCUGAAUUGGAAAAGCAACUUCAUGUCUAUGAAAAUGAUAAGAAGUCCCUGAAAGCCCAGAUGUCUGCUAAAGAACUCAGGUGA